GAGCUCUCAGCAGCCCCGCUGCCAUAGAACUGCUAGUUCUUCCCCAAUACAAUCUACUAGCGGCGACCUCACUGCGCCAGUCCACGAAAAGCAUCGCGAGUCAGGUUGUGUCAGAGUAAAGGGUCUUCACUGUGCGACCUCACAACGUUCUUUUGACCUGAUACUGUAUCACCUGCAGCAGUUUUGAGCCUGGAGUGGCCGCGAAGCGGGGCAGUUCCCCCAAACCGCAGCUCCUCAGUGGCGCUCGCGAGCAAAUGGAGAGCUUCUUUCGGAGACGACGCCGCUUGCUGGUUGGCGUAGCCGCGGGCGCUGCAGGAGCAUUAGCAGCGUUCUAUUGGUACACGGGAUAUGCGAAGAACAAGCUUGAGCAGCAGCGGAGCGUUGAGGCGGAGCUGACGGCGAUACUGCGCGGCGAGUCGCAAAGCGGCGCGGCCGGCGGCGAUGAUGGCGAGGAGGGCGAGGGCGGCGAGGAGGGCGACGAGUGCGGCUCUCCCGACCUGGACGAGUCGCUGGACAGCCAUUUCAACUACAUACAGAAGGUGUCGGCGCCGCAGGAGCUUACAAACCUGCUGCCGCGGGUACAGGAGACCUUGUUCCGGCUAACCGACGUAACGCUCGUGAAGCAGCUCCAGCUCCAACAGCAGCAGCAACAGGCCGCGGCCGGGGGCGGCGGCGGCGGCGGCGGGCCCACUGGCUCCUCCGGGUCCUCGGCCUCCUCGGCGCAGCAGCAGCUGCGGCUGCUGGCGCGGCUGUGCUUCGGCCGCACCCUGGCCGCCGUGUUCCUACUGCCGCUCAUGGACCUGUGCGUGCGGACCAAGCUCAACGUCAUUGGCCGCCACCUGUUCCUGCAGGAGAAGUUUUCCAAGCUGCGGCAGCCCGCCGCGCCCGCGGCCCGCAUGCGCCUGCCGCCGCGGCUCACGGCGGCGGCGGUGGAGGCGUUCCUGUGCUGCGAGCAGCUGGCGGGCGCUGGCACAGCCUGGCUGGUGGAGCAGGCCAUGGCUGCUGCGGAGGUGGUGCUGGACGGAACGGCGUUGGACGCGCAGGUCACGCCCGAGGAGCUGGCGGCACUGGUGCAGGAAAUGGCCAGCCGGAUGGGCCAGGCUGUAACUGCCGCCUCCGCGACCUCCGCCACUGGCAGCGCCUGGGUGGAUAUACUGGUGGGGCCGGGCGGGGCGGCGCCGGCGCCGCCCGCGGUGGACGCGGCGGCGGCGGCGGGCAGCGCGGAGGCUUACCGGCGCGCGCUGGCGAGUGCGGCCAUGGUUGAGGAGCUGACCACCGAGCUGCGGCGCGUGCUGUGCAACUACCGCUUCGGGGAGGCGCUGCACGCGGCCGUGGGGCAGUGCCUCAGCACGUGCGCCGCACACAUACACGCCACAUUCAUCUCCCAGGCCGCGGCGGCGGCCACCCAGCCCCAGCCGGCUAGGCCGCAGCCCGCGCCUGCGGUGUCUCCCUCGGCGCCCUCGGCUCCGCUGGCGGCGGCGCCAAAGGCGCAAGUGUUGCAGCCCACGGCGCCAUUGGCAGAGCCGGAGCCGGAGCCACCCAAGCAAGCCGUCGUGUCGCCGUUCAGCGCGGUGGCAAGCGGCGCCGAGUCCGCGUCCGCGACGGAGGUUGCGUCGCCUGGCGGGACCGGUGGCGCGGGCGGCGCCGUGCCAGCGGGAGCGCCCGUUGGCUCCCCGCUUGAGGCCAAGACUGCUCCGCCCAUCCCCGAGGGCGAGGCGGCUUCGGAGGCAGAAACAGAGGCGCGCAGCGUCAGCACCGCCUUUGCGUCGGCAGUCUCUACCGCCGCCAACUCGGCCUCCAACUCCAGCGCCUCGAUCACACAGCCCCAGACCGCCUCCGCCGUCGCCCAGCAACCGCAGCAGCGGCCUGCGCACGAAGAGCAGGGCUCAGCAGAUGCGGACCUGGCGGCUGCCGAGGUGGCGGUGCCCGUGGCGCAGCCGUCCGCGUCGCCCGCCGCCGACCGCAGCAGCAGCGGCGGGGGCUCCUGCGCUAGCAGCGGCGGCAGCACUGGCAGCAGCGCCGGCGGGGCCGGAGGCGCCGUUAGUCGCAAGGCCUCGCUGGCGGCUGCUGCCGUGGCGGCGAUGCAGCCGCGGCCGCUGGCGCGCUGCCUGCGGGCGGUGCAGGGCGCCUGCGACCCGCUGUUCGUGGACGCUCGGGAGGUGACGGCGCGCAUCGCCUGCCUGCAGCCCGUCAUGUCGCUUUGCGCGGUGGCGUUCGCGGCGCCGCUGGAGCUGUAGGCAACUGGUAGGUGGCUAGGAGCGGCUAGUGGCGGCUUGGCUGUCCUGUGCCCUGCGGAGGUGGGGCGCAGGCGCAGGCGGGCGGUGCGCUCGCAUGCAGGCUGGCAGGCGCUGAUGUUGAGCCGCAGCCUGCGUGUGUCGAAGGCGGCGGCGGCGGACGAAAUGGAGGAUGAAGGGGCACUACAGGGCAAGGUGCAUGACGCGUAUGCAGCCGCGGCAAGGGGAUGGGCGAUGCAUGGCGAGCAGCAGAGAGACACGGUCCAGGAAUCAGAGUUUGGGCCUCGGUUCAAGAGUUCAGUCGGCAGGACGGGCGGGGCGUAUGCAAGGACGAAGAAUGGGCAUGGCGGUGGUGGGGCGGUGAGGCGCGGUGCCGUUUGCUGCGGCGUUUUCGAGCCUGCACGUGCUCAAGAAGACAUUGCUAGCUUUUUGGUGUUUGCAGGCGUUGUGCAUUGAGAUGGAUGGUGCGGAGAACGUGGAGCGCACACGAGCCAGUGGCACGAGCUAGGCAGGCAAGCUUCAUUGCACUGAAUGGGUGAAAGUCGUUACGGCGUUGAGCCGAUUACGCAGUUGCGAGGAAGAAACAAGCAGCACAUGCGUAACACGAUGCAAUCGGGGCUCUGAGGUCGGGCAAGCGUUACAAAUGCCCAGGCGUGAUGUACUGACUGUUCCGAUUCGAUUCUGCAGCUCGACAGAGCGAACUGGUUGCAACCGGUUGCAAAAUAAAGGUGGUGAAGGCACUGUGGUGGAUGGUGCAUGCUGAGGUGGUGGUGGUGGUGUAGGCGUAGGGGAGUUGUUGUGGUGGUGGUUGGUGUGUCAGUGCAAUACAUUGGUUUUUAUUUCCCGAGCUAGCGGCAAGCCAUGGGGUGCACCCGGCGGAGUGGUGGCGUCGAAAGAGAGUUUUAGCCAGCCUAGGCCGCUCGCAACCCGCGGCUGUAGGCUGGCGGCAGAUGGUAAGGGUUAUUGUUUGUGUUUGUUCGUGUCGUUGAUGUUUGAGAUGUAUGGCAGGCGGACGGCGGGUCCAGGAGUCAGUGGCUGUGGAGCCAGUGUCCUAGCCGGGGGACAUGCCACGCGGGACACACCUGCUGCUGAAGAAGCAUCGGAGCACAGGAGUACAGCAUAGUUUGUAUGAACGCGCACGUUAUCCCGGUUAGGAUUCAUGAUGCACGAGGAUUCGUGGCGGCGCUGCCCUGCGCUCUCCUUACGGUGCCUGUGGGGAGAAGCGGUGGGACAGGGUCGCAGGGAGAUGCGACGUUGGUGGGUGCGAGUUAGGUGCUGCUGUAUUGCUGCCCCUGCCUCUGCCUGCCUUGUCGGGCUGGUCGCAGGGCCUGGGGCGGGGUGUUUGCGCUGUCCCUGCACUGGCGGGUCCCUCGUGCGGGUCCCUGCUCGGGGGGCAGAAUCACACGGACUCAGGUAGCGCGCCGCAGAGAUGGUCGAGUGAGGAUGGCGAACUGCAGUGGGAAAGCUCCCUUUAAAGAUGUACAGCAC